AUGGAGAAAUUUACUAACUGGAGAGAUAAAGGAACUGGGAUAGCACCAUUUCAACCACCAACUACUCAGAAAGAGGCAAUUUUUUUCAAUAAAUCGAUCAUUACAAAUAUCAUUUUUAGCAUCAUCUAUUUAACUAGAUGUAUUUUACUUAUCCCGGUGUUGAUAUUAUCACCAUUUAUCAAUUUACGACUUUUAUUUUUGACAGGCUUUACGUCAGGUCGAAUUAAGAUCGAUUAUCAAGUUAAUGGUGUCAAGAGAAGUCAAUUGAAUAAAGAUCCAAGAAAGUAUCAUUUACAAAAGGGUAACCUUUAUGUGAUCAAUUACUCAUCUGUUUUGGCUGCAAUAGUGCUGCAGUAUAUUGCUCAAGAUAAUCGUAGUAUUAAAUAUUUGAUUCCAUCUGAGUCAAACGAUCUAUAUGAAUUGACAUUGCUACAAUUUAUUAAUUUCACGAUGAAUGGACAAUCUUUAAAUGUGACUCAAUAUGGUACUCAAAUUAAAGAAAUUUCAAACAAAGAUUGGAUCAAUUAUACCUGGUGUCUUUUUGCAGAGGGAACUUGUUCAAAUGGGAAAUCUAUUUUACCUUUUCAAAUUAAUAAAACUUCUUUAGAACUGGUUGUUGAUGAUUCUACCUCUAUUUGUUCUGAAAUAAUACCUGUAACCAUUAAAGUUAACAAUUCAUUAGUAACACCAUUAGGUGGUUCAAGCUGGCGUUUAUUAUGGUCCUUAAUACUUAAACAUAAAUGUCUUGCAAAAAUUAAGGUCCACGAAUCACAUCUUUUAGUUAAAGAAAUGGAUGCUCUAGAUGGUGUACGUGAGUCUCUAAAUGAUGGUGAUAAAUAUAAGUUAGUAUCUAAAUCUUUAGGAAUUAGAGAGAAACGAACUUUUGUUGAAGAAUUUCGCAAAUGA